AACUAAACCCACCGCAUCAUAAGCUCUCGAUCAAGCAAACGGUUUGCAACCGCUGCCACCUUUCGCCAUUGCAUGAGAAACAAGUUGGUGUCGCACUGAUAUCAUCUCGCCGGAAAACUCACCGGAGUUCGUUAUCAUCUGCCGGAAAACGCACCAGAGAACGUCCAUACAGGUUUUGUAUUUACGAAGUUGAAGGUUGGAAGUGCAUUUGUUAACAAUGUCCAGUCUUCCAUUUCAAGUUGGGGACUUGAUCGAGUUAAAAUCCUUUGAAACUGGUUAUCGUGGUGCAUGGUUCAGGUGCAAGAUUAUAAAGAUUAGAGAGAAAGGCGGUGUUAUGUCCUAUCAAUUGGAGUAUCCUGAUUACCCUGAUCAAAAGAAAACUUACAUCAAGGUGUAUCAAAUUUCCCCUUAUAAUAGCAAGUCAAAGGGCUCCAAGAAGGAACUGAUGGUGCGGCCUUGCUAUCCUACCAUCUAUCGUAAAAGUGAAAAGCUUGAUGUCAAUACCAUCUCAGAAGUGAUAGUUAUUGUUGAUGACGCAUGGAAGGUUGGGGAUUUGGUAGAUUGGUUUUCUGAUGGUUGCUAUUGGUGUGGAACAGUCACUGAAGUAUUUGGAGAUGAUAAAGUUCAGGUUGAUUUGCUACCUCAUCCGUUGGGUGAAGGUGACACGUACAAAGCUUUAACCAAGGACCUGCGCCCUUCCUUGGACUGGAGCCCAGAGAAAGGUUGGACUGUGCGAAUGCCUACGGCUGGAUGCAGGUGUCCUGCUCGGAUAAUGAAUCCAGAAAAUUCAGGGAAUGUUGUGAACAUAAAUGCUGCUAAAGAUGUAGCGGUGGACGUUGGUCAGCCUUCAUAUACAUCCACGGAGAGGAGAGAGCAACGCAACUCUGUUGGAAACGGUGUGAAUAUUGAGAAGUUCGCCAGCAAUAAAAAUGGAGGAACAUGUGUUUCAAGCUCACAUAUUACGGAUUCAUCAAUUGAGAAUUUUGAAAGCACUGCGAUAAAUAGUGGAUAUCAUGAUGAGUAUCCUACAAAGAAGAUGAAAAUCAACACUGGCCUUCGUCUGAAUUCCAUGUUUUCAAAUACGACGGAAUCAGGUAUUCUGGACUUGGAGGAACUUCUAAAUAGGAUUAAAUGGUUAAGAAGUAUGAUGAAGUGUGAGAUACCUUUAUCAGGUAAUAAACACCCUUCUUGGAAAUUUUUGCAACAUCAUGCGCCAUGCAAAUAAUUGUUUUCCAACAAAUGUAAGAAGAACCCAGCAUACAAUCUGAUGUUUGUAGUUUUGUUGAUAGUGUGCAUUGUCCAUUUUUUGGUUUCAGGAAUGUGUAUUUUGGCUAGUUUCUCAUUUGGUUUAUGGCUUCCAUUUUUUGUAAAAUGAUUUUCCCUAAUGAUAUGUGGCUCAAAUUUGCCUCUAUUUUUGACAUUCUGUGCUCUUGUACGAAAUCCUUACUGUUAGUUGUUGCAUUGAAAUGUAAUAUAGCUUCACUAUA